AUUGCUGCGUGGAGGAGGAAGAGCCGUGGAAACCAGGGCAGCCCAUGCGGGAGGUAUGCGUUAACUCCUCCCCUCACUCUGCGUUGUGUUACGUCCUCCUCCUCCUGCUCCUCCUCCUCCUCCUCCUCCUCCUCCUCCUCUCCAGCAGCACAGGGAGCUGCCGUGCCUCGUCUCUAACACCCGGAGGAGUAACAGCACAAACCCCGCUCACGCACAGCCAUGGCAGAGAACGCCGGCUUGGAGAACCACCGCAUCAAGAGCUUUAAAAACAAAGGACGCGAUGUCGAGACUAUGAGAAGACAUCGAAAUGAGGUGACGGUCGAGUUGAGAAAGAACAAACGAGACGAACAUCUACUGAAGAAGAGAAACGUCCCGCAGGAGGAGAGUCUGGAGGACUCUGACGUCGACUCGGACUUCAAAGGACAGAACGUCACGCUCGAUGCCAUCUUACAGAAUGCGACCAGUGAUAACGCCGUCAUCCAGCUCAGUGCUGUGCAGGCAGCCAGAAAACUGCUCUCCAGCGACAGAAACCCUCCCAUCGACGACUUGAUAAAGUCCGGCAUCCUGCCCAUCUUAGUCAAAUGUCUGGAGAGGGACGACAACCCCUCUCUUCAGUUCGAGGCCGCUUGGGCUCUGACCAACAUCGCCUCCGGGACGUCCGCACAGACUCAGGCUGUGGUUAAAUCCAAUGCAGUGCCCCUCUUCCUGCGACUGCUACACUCUCCUCACCAGAACGUCUGUGAACAGGCUGUAUGGGCUUUAGGAAACAUUAUAGGUGAUGGUCCUCAGUGCAGGGAUUACGUCAUCUCCCUGGGCGUGGUCAAGCCCCUGCUUUCUUUCAUCAACCCGUCGAUCCCCAUCACCUUCCUCCGCAACGUCACCUGGGUCAUCGUCAACCUCUGCCGCAACAAGGAUCCCCCGCCGCCCAUGGAGACCGUGCAAGAGAUUCUGCCCGCCCUCUGCGUGCUAAUAUAUCACACCGAUAUCAAUAUCCUCGUAGACACAGUGUGGGCGCUGUCCUAUCUGACGGACGGGGGCAACGAGCAGAUCCAGAUGGUCAUCGAUUCCGGAGUCGUUCCAUUUCUUGUGCCUCUCCUCAGCCACCAGGAGGUCAAAGUUCAGACGGCAGCUCUGAGGGCAGUGGGCAACAUCGUGACGGGGACGGACGAGCAGACGCAGGUGGUCCUCAACUGUGACGUCCUCUCGCACUUCCCCAACCUGCUCACACACCCUAAAGAAAAGAUCAACAAGGAAGCGGUCUGGUUCCUGUCCAACAUCACAGCUGGGAACCAGCAGCAGGUCCAAGCUGUGAUCGACGCCGGGCUCAUUCCUAUGAUCAUCCACCAACUGGCUAAGGGCGACUUUGGCACUCAGAAGGAGGCAGCAUGGGCCAUCAGCAACCUCACCAUCAGCGGCAGGAAAGACCAGGUGGAGUUCCUGGUGGAGCAGAACGUCAUCCCCCCGUUCUGUAACCUGCUGUCGGUGAAGGACUCCCAGGUGGUGCAGGUCGUCCUGGACGGCCUGAAGAACAUCCUCAUCAUGGCGGGAGACGAAGCCAGCACCAUCGCCGAGAUCAUAGAGGAGUGUGGAGGCUUGGAGAAGAUAGAAAACCUGCAGCAGCACGAGAACGAGGACAUCUACAAACUCGCCUUUGAGAUUAUUGAUCAGUACUUUUCAGGAGAUGAUAUCGAUGAAGACCCCAGGUUGAUCCCCGACACCACCCAAGGCGGGACCUUUAACUUUGACCCAGCUUCCAACAUGCAGACGAAGGAGUUUGAUUUCUAAAAGGCCGGGAUGGUUUGGUUCACCCAGCUGCACGGGUACUCUGUAAUCCCCCUCAGAUCUUCAUCCAUCUCUCCUCCAACCUGGCAACCUGGUACCGAAGGAUUUACUUAGUAUCACUUCAAAACAUGGAAACUCACCACUGAAGGAUUUACCCGCCUCCCCGCCUCUGCACUACGGGGGAGAGGUUUUUGUUUCUUCUUUCUUCUUUUCAAACGGUCGUCCUUCACACCGGCAACACGGGCAACCUGGUCAUUCAGCAGGGCCGGCAACCAUCAACACAUCUCGGCAACCUGCGUCAGGAGGGUUGCCGGUCGUCUCUCUCUGCCAGUGCUUCUAAAUAUCACACGAGAAAUAAAAAAGCAGAAGGAAGAAAAACGCCGUCGCGGCAAGAUUUCAUUUGCCAAAUGUCGAGUCUUCAUAAAGACGGAACACACAAGCACAUUUACAGUCACACACACACACACACACACUUUUUGACACUUAGGAUUUGUGUGCAUACUUCUGUUAGACGCCAUCAUAUCACGUACGGGGAAGAAAAUACUGCUGUUUGUUUUUGUGGUUUUCUUUUUGUGCUUUCCCUCCCCCGGACUGUCCUCUGGUGUUAUUUCACACACACACUAACGACACACACUUAGUCACACGGAUGACAAACCCUCUCACACACACACACACACACCCAGUUUAAAGAGUUAAUCCCAGAGCUAAGCCAUGAUUAACCACGGACCCCCUGCUGCCCUCCCUGGAGAGGAGAGAGUCCCGGGAGGUGGAGGUGAAGGUGGAGGGGUGAGGAAGAGUGAGACUCCGUGGCAAACUGACUGACGGGACUUCAGGACUCAAUGACGUCACUUUUCUUUUUAAACUCGACUUCUGUUGAAUUAUCAGACUUUUUAAAGAAAACGAAAGAAAAUCAUCAAUGUGAAGAAAAUGCCAUAAUUUUCUUUCCUUUUUAUUUUUUCUCCUGCCGAGCUGCUUCUGAUGCAGCAGCGCGGCGACACUUUGUGUUCUUUUAGUUUUUGUGGAGGAGGCGACGGAGGAGGAGGAGGCACCUUUUGUUCGAAGGUGACGGCGCAGAGACUUUCAAGAGAAGAGGAAACACGUCAGCUGUAGCGUUUCAUCUCCACCUCUUACAGGACAUCCAUCACCGCAGCAGCAGGAGCUCGGUCACAUCCCGAAAUGUGAAACAAACAAAAAAAAGAAAUCGACCCGAGUCGCUCAAAUUAAUUUUAAUUCUUUUUAAAUUCUCUCUCUUCAAAGCCGAUGUUUGAGGUUCAUGUUUCAGCUUCUGUAGAGCUUCCAUACGUCUCCUUUUUAUUUUUCCUUCAGUCUUAUGCACACGUCUGAUGACGAGGCGUCUGAUGACGAGGCGUCUCGAUGUCCGCCUGCAGAGAGGAGGGGGGGGACCUUUACUCAUCGAAGACUAGACUCACAUAGAACCCGAGUUCAGGUCCUGCUGCCUUCACAACAGUACUUAACUUCUUUCUGAUGAAGAGGUCACAUGUCAUCACUCGAUUUGAAUAAUUGUACAAAACAAACAAAAUGAAAUGUGACGUGUACCUCUCCUCGCCGUCUAAUGAAUAUAUGAAUAUAUUUACAUAAAGCCUGUACAAAGCUGCUGCAGCUGACAGUCAUUGGAUGGACGAUAACUUUACUGUCAAAGAUGGCUGGGGAGGGUUUUUUGUUUUUGUUGUUUUUGUUGAAGCAAUAUUUCUUUGUUUUAUUGUUUUUAAUUUCUGACUUGCGUAUGUAUUGUGAUGACAUGCUGAUAUGAAUUGGAACCGGCUGUUUUCUCUCUCUCUCUCUCUCUCUCUCUCUUCGUUAGUGGUGACGGGCUCCGUCCCAUUUAUCUCCCAGCUGGCGUGCAGGUUUUCGGGUCCGACCCGACCCUGACCCCUGGUCGCGAAGACGUUCUGAUGAUCCUCUGGUUGGCUGCUAACUACUGAGAGUGGGGUCGGGUGGGGGUUUUAAAUAUUCGGGUGGGGUUGUUCCGAGCAGCCCAGGCUUGUUUUUGGGACUAGCUGUUUAUUACUGAACAAAAAAAAAAACUUGUAGAGAGGGUGUACAGUCAUGAACUAGCAGACUUAGACCGAGCCACUUUAAAGAUUUACAAUUUCGUUGCCUUGUAUCCAAAUUGGAUACAAGCUUAUGUUUGCUGCAAGAUUUUUACUUGCUAAUGAAAAAAGUUGUUUUAAAUAAUAAUAAAAAAAAAUAAAAUAAAACAGGAGAAAAGCAACAGACAGCGUUUUGGCCUCUGAUUGUUUAUAUCUUUUUAUAAAUUUUAGAUUGAAUUCCUCUCUUUAAGGUGGCUCAUUGAUGCUUUCAACUCUUGUGCAUAUUAAAGACAAGAAUGAGUUGAAAAUCA